GGGACAGGGGCACGCGGGAGAGCUGGCCUCGGAGAGCGGCCGGCGCGCCGGCGGGACCUGCCGAGCUCGGGGAGCCUACGCGGGCGCGGCGGUCGGGCCGAGGUCACCCUGGCGGUCGGAGCCUCCGAAUGGUCUCCGCGCCCUGGAAGACCGUUGGGUGAUUACAUGAGGUUCUGCCGGGACUCGGUGCCCGAACCUGCUGUCCGAGCUGUGGUCACGUUGGUCUGGCCUGGCCGGUGCGCCCAGUUGCUGUCUGUCUGGCUCCGACGACGCUCCAGGCGCUGUGGGCCCUUGACGGUAUCGUCAGAUAACCGAGAAAAGAGGUCAUUUUCUUCUGAGAAAGUCAUUCAGAAGGACUGUGCUCUCCCUAACCCCAGCUGGAGCAAGGACCUAAGACUCCUCUUUGACCGGUUCAUGAAGAAAUGUGAAGAUGGCUCCUGGAAACGUUUGCCUUCAUACAAACAAUUUUUUUCUAAAAAUUUUCAAGGAUUCCAAACCCUUUAUCUCGACCCAAGUCUCGUAAAAGGAGAAGAACGUGCCCAACUCUUCACAAGAAGCUUUGAGGAUGGCCUGGGCUUUGAAUAUGUGAUGUUCUAUAAUGAUGCUGAGAAAAGGGUACUUUGCUUUCUUCAAGUAGGUCCUCACCUGCAGGGAGCACCUGGAUUUGUUCAUGGAGGUGCCAUUGCAACCAUGAUGGACUCCACCACCGGUACGUGUGCAUGUCGAGCUGGGGGGAUUGCCAUGACUGCCAAUCUCAACAUCAAUUUUAAAAGACCUAUUCCCCUGUGUUCUGUUGUUGUGAUAGACAGCCAACUUGAUAAAGUCGAAGGAAGGAAACUGUUUGUUUCCUGUAAUGUUCGAAGUGUUGAUGAGAAGACCUUACACUCCGAGGCAUCAGCCUUAUUUAUAAAGCUGGAUCCUGAUAAAAGUUUAAGGAAAAAGAGCUAAUGAUGGAUUCCACACCUUUCUGCACGAGGGCCUCCCUCCUCCAGAAGCCGUUGUCCCCACCCCUGCUCCGUCACCCAUGCUGAAUCCCCCACAAAGGAAGCCUGCUGACACUGACCUUUUGGAACAGCCUUCGAAGUGUGACUCCCAGAACUCUCCACCAUCUCAACUUUUGAGCAAAGAACACUCCCUGUGAGGAUAUCAGCAAUUCUUUGCAUUCCUGAGGAUAAAUGUGGUUCUCCUAAAUCUGAACAGGCUCAUUAAAGUUGCACAAGCAUGACAUCUGCCCUGCUGGAGACUGGGAGAAAAAAAUUGUAUUGAAACCGUUGCUAUAAACUUCAGAAUACUGCAGCCAAAUGAAGGAGUAAAUGUGUGGGUUUGUGUGGGGUGUGCACAUGUGGAACUUGCAAAGCUAACUUUAUUGUUUCUGAACAAACCUUUUUGGCCAGAGUAGGAAAUACAACUGGUUCCUAUAGGAAUGGAUACCUCAAAUCUGUGGCCUGGGGUUCUGGAGAUUAAACCACUGUACCAUUUUUAACA